CCUCCUCUUCCCGCAUUUACUAGAAAGACAAACUAAAGCUACUCACAUCAUGUCUUGCUGUGGAGCUUACCGACAGGACUGCUGCAGCGUCCCCACCGGUCCAGCCACCACCAUUUGCUCUUCCGAUAAAUGCUGCCGGUGCGGAGUCUGCCUGCCCAGCACCUGCCCCCAUGAGAUCAGCCUUCUCCAGCCCAUCUGCUGUGACUGCUGCCCUCCUCCUUGCUGCACGCCUGAUCCCUAUGUGCCUUCUUGCUGGCUGCUGAACUCCUCCCAACCCAGACCUGGCCUGUUUGGAAUCAACCUGACCACCUACACCGAGCCUUGCUUCGAGGGGGAGCGAGUGUGCGAGCCACGCUGCUAAUCUAAGACUCCUCCCUCCAGUGACCAGGCUGUCCAAACCCGGAAGUAUUCCCUGGCUUCCAACAUUAUCCUCUGCCAAUUCAAUGCUCCCUGUGGAAGGAUUUAAGAAGAAUUAGCUUUCAAUUCCUUCAUGUUUCCAUGAAGCUGUCCAACUUCUUCACUCCACUCCACUAACCUAUCCAUCCUUCCACACUCAUGGGAGGUGAGGAGAUCUGUCCCUAUCUAAUGCUAUCUUAUUGCUUUGGGGUGAUACAUGAACAAAAUUCUACUGUUCGUGAGCUAAUAAACUUCAGUUUCCUGGCUUAGCAAA